AGUAUUCUCACUGAAAUAUAAUUGGCAACACUUCAGAGAGUGGUUAGCUAGUUAGUAGUCCUGCGUGGUUCAUAUUUGUUCCUGUCAUACAGCGACAAGAAUGCCAACACUGUCACUGUGUUCAGCAUACAACUGCAAAAACCGCAGCCCCAAAGCUGGUGUGGGAUUUUUUAGAUUCCCCAAAAAUGAUCCUGAAAGACGCAAACAAUGGAUUAUUAAUAUGAAGUGUAAAGGGUGGAAUCCGCAACAAAACCACCGUGUGUGCUCUGUUCACUUUGAAGACAAGUAUAUUUGCGGGAGGGACAUACGUCAACGCCUCACGCCAGACGCAGUCCCGACUAUAUUCGACUAUCCCAAAAAUUUUCAAAAGAAGAGUAUUACCUGGGCAGUCAAAGAUGUUUCCCCGAAGGUGGUAUGUGAGAACAUGGAGUUCCAACUUCCACCCCUCAAGCACAUAAUAGAGAUCAAAGACGCAUGGGAGUGGCUGGUUAUAGACAUCAGAGGGCCGCUACCCUUGACAUUGAACGGACACCAGUACGUUCUGAGCUUGACAGACUUCUACUCCAAAUGGGUGGAGGCCUUCCCCCUGAGAGGUUGUAGCUCUACUGAGGUAGCACAACAUGUAGCAGAAGUCAUCUCUCACUUUGGCUUCCCUUUUGGAAUCCUUGUUCGACUGAAGAAGAACUUUACCAGUAAGAUCAACGUUGCUUUGAAGAGUCUUCUGAAGCUGAGUGGGUUCUCUCUCUUAUACCGUCAUCGGCAAGUUGGAUUGCUGGAUCUGACCACACAGACCCUGAUCAGCAGGAUGGUGUCUGAUCUUGUGAAUGACCAUCCAUACAACUGGGAUGUCUGCCUCCCUGCAAAGGUGUUCAGCCUGUGUUUCAAGGAGCACCCCAAGACCAAGCAGAGACCUUUCUCUCUGCUGUGCUGCAAAGGACCACAGCCGGUCACCACCCCUAGGGAUCUGUCUUUCAGUCCUGCAGAGCUCAGAGAGAGUUCCUUUGCAAUCCAGUCAAAUCAAGAGGGUGGGCAUGACACUGAUCCGCAAGGCAUGGUUGGCAUUGAAUCUGGGAAGGAAACGGCUGGAAAGAGCACAGUUACAAGGGUCUCCUUUUUUAGGAGCAACACAGAGAGUAACACAGACGGUAACCCCAACAGUGAACCAUCCUCUGAAGAUCAUCAUGCCAUGGAAACCUGAAUCAUUUAUUGGAUCAGUGCUCUAUCAGUCAUGCUGCCAUAUUUUUGGGGAAGUUAUUUUGGUUUUCUACGGUGUGAUCAUUUUGUUGAAAAACACUUUGGUUCAAUGUUUGGCUGGUGCACUGUUUCAAGAUUGUUAGCAGAGACAUCAGUGUGGGUCAGGAAUUUAUGUACCACCUGCAUCAAUUCAAUCAGCCAAAACAUCAUGCAUAGAUGAUUGAUUAAUGAUAAGGUGAUCCCUAAAAGCACUUGCUUUAUUUUGAAAUCAAAUUGUUUUUGUCAAGUGCUGAAUUCAACAGGUGUAGGGUGUACUGUGAAAUGCUUACUUAAGAAAGGAAACGGUAACAAUAAAGUAACAACAACCAGGAUCUAUACAA